AUGGCGGCACUGAGAUUGAAGAUGGCUUGGACGCUUUCCCACGGCAACAGCAAGAGUCUCUACAUGACGUAUAUGAGGGCCAGAUACGUGGAACCCACCGCUGCUGACCAUGCACAUAUUCGCUCCAGGCGCAACCGAGAGCGUGGGGGUGGCAUAUACAGGAAGGAAGAUGGCGAGUUGGUCUUUGCAUUCUCACAUGGUUACGGUUUAGGUACCAACAACAAGGCAGAGUUCUUGGCAAUUUACGAGGGCCUCUCCAUUUGUGCUAACAAGGGCCUUUGGAAUGUUAUUGUUGAGUCUAACUCUAAAUUGGUGGUGGAUAUGCUCAACAGAGUUUCUCAGAUGGGUUGGAAGUGGUAUCAUUGGGUGACUCGUAUCACUUCCCUCGAUUCGAGGGGUUCUUUCCGCUACACCCACACAGUCAGAGAGGGGAACAGGCCAGCAGAUGGUCUGGCUCGGCUAGGUAGCAAGACCCAGAGUAAUAGGGUGGUCCACGCCACGAAAGACCUCCCUCGUGAGAUCUGCGGUUUGGUGGUGUUAGAUAAGGUAGGGUUGGGUGUCAUCAGGGUGGCGGUUCAUGUAUAG